AAGGGAACCGUGGUUAUAAGAGGCUCGUCUCCUGGACGGGGUUCCCUUUGCGACGGCUUAGGGGCUUGUGGAGCGGGCGAGACUGGCAAGGACACACUCAUCUCCAUUACCACCGAGCAGCAACAAGAAUGGCUGACAAGAAGGACACGCAAGUGAUCUCCUUCCUGAAGGACUUCAUCGCUGGAGGCGUGGCGGCGGCUAUCUCUAAGACAAGCGUGGCGCCCAUCGAACGAGUCAAGCUGUUGCUUCAGGUGCAGCACGUCUCGAAACAGCUCACCCCGGACAAACAGUACAAAGGAAUGAUCGACUGCUUCGUUCGAAUCCCCAAGGAACAGGGUUUCCUGAGUUUCUGGCGUGGCAACCUUGCCAACGUGAUCAGAUACUUCCCCACCCAGGCGUUGAACUUCGCCUUCAAGGACAAGUACAAGCAGAUCUUCCUCGGAGGUGUCGACAAAAGGACACAGUUCUGGCGCUACUUCGCCGGCAACCUGGCCUCUGGAGGCGCAGCCGGAGCCACCUCCUUGUGCUUCGUCUACCCGCUGGACUUCGCCCGAACCAGGCUUGCCGCCGACACUGGUAAGGGUGCGGGACAGCGGGAGUUCACUGGCCUGGGCAACUGCCUUACGAAGAUCUUCAAAACGGACGGCCUCGUUGGACUGUAUCGAGGGUUCGGCGUCUCUGUCCAGGGCAUCAUCAUCUACCGGGCAGCCUACUUCGGCUUCUUCGACACGGCCAAAGGCAUGCUCCCGGACCCCAAGAACACGCCCAUCGUCAUCUCGUGGAUGAUCGCCCAGACAGUCACCACUGUGGCGGGCAUCAUCUCCUACCCAUUCGACACCGUCCGGAGGCGUAUGAUGAUGCAGAGCGGUCGCGCCGUGGAGGAGCGCCAGUACAAGAACACCAUUCACUGCUGGGGCAAGAUCUACAAGACGGAAGGCGGCGCCGCUUUCUUCAAGGGAGCAUUCUCGAACGUCCUCCGAGGCACCGGAGGCGCGCUUGUGCUCGUCCUCUACGAUGAGAUAAAGUCGUUCAUUUUCUAAGAUGAAGCAUUAGAGCAUAGUUUAACUAAUAGGUAUGUGUACUCAAUGACGAUUGUUCGAGGCGUUUUCUAGACCAGUCGCACAGGUGGUUCCUAGAAUCAAAAACAGAAGCAGUGGCAGAUUAACGCAUCCCUCGUCUUGUCAACAAAAAGUGCUUAGGUUAACGAGUCGGCAUUGUAGUUUUAACCAUUUGGACCUUUUCCAUUAAUCAACGGCACUAUGUAUAAUAUCUGCACGGGUGUAUGAGGUUUAGGGAAUCAUAUUUAUUACUUGCAUCAGACUUAGCAGAGGCGAAAACCUGAACUGAUCCUUUGAUUUUGGAUAUUAGUGCCAAAACUUCAGCCUGGUGCGUUGUGCUCAGCAGAUGCGCGUGGCCGACCCCGUAUUCUCUUGGGCGGCAGCGUGACCAUAUCGCAUUUCCACCCGCCCCGCUUUGUUUCCGUUCAGGUAGGCCAGACGUUUUGCUGUAGGGAGCGCGGACGUCUUGCGUCAACGCCGCAAGGGCUGGUAAAGAGAUCUUUUCUAUUUUCGUAGUUUCGUUCAGUCGCGCCACCAGCCGCAUUUAAAUUUACGCUCUCACGUGCCGAAGGGUCGCAGCGUUUCCUGACGAUGAACAGACCUGAACACUUAUAGUGACACCUACACUUCCCCCUCGUAUACUCACUAUGUCCAGCGGCUUACGUAGAACGCGAGAUCAGUGAUAAAUGAUGAUCCUCAACCAGACAAUAGGUCUCGAGGACGGGCUCAAGUACAAGUUGUGUAGAGCCACUGCGUAACGUAGCUAUAUUUACUUACAGUGCGAGCUUCCGGCCGUGCACGUCCUGUAGAGGCCAAGGCGGCUGUUUGCCGGAGAAUGGUGAAAAAGUAGUAGAGGUGCUGGUUACGAGGACACGCUGUGGCCCCUUCGAUGACUCAAAAUUUUCGCAUGUUGGCAACGCCGGCAUGCACGCAGGCUCUCACAGCUCGUCGCAUUACCUGUGGUUUUAUAGUACGGGAUCCGGCUUACGGGCCCAGCCAGUUAGUGAACAGAUCACACGGGUGUGUCUACGUAGAGAGAAGCUUAGUGACAAGAACAAUGCAAGUCCUUUCAAGCUCGAGUCGCCACACUGACAAUUGAUGCAAUAAAAGAAAAUUGAUGCAAAAUAAAACAAAAGAAUUGAUGCAAAAAUGAAAUAAAAGAACGUUGUUUUCGAUUGUAAAAAA